CCUUGGGAUCUGAGUCUUGUGGGAUAAGCUAUCAGAUUGGGGUGGUAAUAGGAUUUUAAAAAGCAUUUGCUACUUAGUGAAGGCAUUUAGCAAAUAUCACCAAUCCACACGGAGCAGAAACUCUGGAUUACCUAGAGCACACCACAUCAAAAGCCUCAGGACUAAGUAUUAAAUCAGUCUGAAUUCACAAAAACAUGGGCUGAGGAGCUGCAUUGUAAGAGACCUGUUUCAUCAUGCCUGCAGUGAAGGUCCAGUGAACGCAUGUGGUGAGUGUGUGUGUAAGUGCAUGUGCUAGAACCUAGUGGAGGAGAAGCUUGGAAUAAAAGAUCAACUCUAGGGUUUGUUUGUGUCUUGAGGGAAUUUUUGAAUGUUUUUCUAAACACACACAUGCAAAUUAAAUAACCUACAAAAAUAAAAAUGUGCAAGCUGAUUUAUGAACGGAAUCUACUGAAUCACCAUGGCUGUUGAGAAGUGCAGUUUCAGAUGUUCACAUGGGUUUCCUCCAGAUUCUUCCAUUUCCUCCUUAAAACCUUCCAGUAAGUGGAUUGGCUACACUAAUCUGCCCCUAGGUUUGUGUGUGUGUGUGUGUGUGCGUGCGUGUGUGCGUGUGUAUCCAUGGACUGGCAUCAUGUCCAGAGUGUAUUCCCACCACACACCCAGUGUUCCCGAGAUAGGCUCCAGAUCCACUGUGGAUGCACUGUGACCAGGAUAAAGCACUUACUGAUGACGAAUGAAUCAAUGAAUGAACUGAUUUUUUUACAUUAUGUCUUCAUCCCCUUCUGUGCAUGUGAUUAUUUACAUAAUUAUUCUUUGUAAGUCACCUACAAGGCACGUACUAACUGAAUGAACUGCAUGAGAGUGAAAUUGUGCAAUUCUGAAGUUGGUAUUCAGACCUCAGGUCUCAGAACUUACAAAUUUAAGCACUAUUCAGACAAAAGCACUGGAUUGGCAUACGCACGAUGGGAUUUGCCAAAAAAAAUAGGGGUUUCUCCUCCUUCAGUCCACAUGUUCUAUUCCCAGAUUUUUCAGGUUUUAUUGAGAGCACUUGUGCAUGAAACUGGGGCUGUGGGCAUUGAAAAAUCUCAUGGCUGAUGCUUCUACUAAAGACAAAUCUGACAGCCUUGGAGGUGUGAACUACAUUAAGCUCAUAAUAUUUACUGAAGUACCCGGGUAACCCGACUCUGAAUACGAGGAAUGUUCCUUGUUUAAAUACUGAUGUUGCAGACCCCGCACCAGAGGCCAAAACAACAUAUGAUAAUACCUGAAAAACUGGAUAAAAUAAAGAUACUGGAGAGAAAGGGGUGUCGUCAGUCUCAACUCCUCUGUCAUUUUGAGGAGGCAUGCACAGUAAAGCUAUUUUCACUUGCGAGCUCCCAGAUUCACUCAAUAGCCCCUUUGGACCCUGCGCCCAUUACAACGGACAUCACAAGUCACUUGAACAUACAGCUGAUGGAAAUAUCUCCGAUGUUGACUUUAUGUGGAGUGAUGAGGAAGAUGGAGAUAGAGAUGGAAACGCGGAUGAUGCUAGAUCUCCAACAGUUGGCGAUAAAGGAGAAAAGGGAGAAAAGGGAACACUGGGGAAGCCUGGUUUAGAAGGUCAUCCUGGAGCACAAGGUCCUGAAGGACCCAAAGGCUCCAAAGGUCAAGCCGGAGCACCUGGAGCUCCAUGCAAGUCAGAGCACUCUACUUUCUCAGUGGGUCGCCGCAAAGCCCUCCACAGCACAGACUCAUAUCAGGUGCUUCUGUUCGACACCGUCUUCGUCAACACGCCUGGCCAUUUCGACAUGUUCUCCGGCAAGUUCCGGUGCAGCAUUCCAGGUGUCUACUUCUUCAAUGUGAAUGUGCACACGUGGAACUUCAAGGAGACCUACGUGCAUGUCAUGCAGAAUGAGAAGGAUCGCACUCUGGUGUACACCCAGCCUGGAGAGCGCUCCAUCAUGCAGAGCCAGAGCAUCCUGUUGUCCCUUGAGCUCAGCGAUGAGGUGUGGGUGCGUCUUUACAAGCGUGAGCGCGAGAACGCCAUCUACAGCGAUGAUGUGGACAUCUACAUCACGUUCAAUGGGUACCUCAUCAAAUCGAACGCGGAAUGAGAGAAUCCAGACUACGUGGGUUGAUGAUUUGAAGUUAAUGUUACCACUCGGAUUUUCCUAUAACAGCAUGUUCCCAAAUGUUUUAUUCCUCUUAUACCACAGCGAUUUACAGAGGAUUACAAUUUUUUAAUUUAUUUAAAAAGGUCAUGUUUUUUUUUAGCCAUUUAUAGUUAAAUUUAACGUUUUAGGAUGCUCAUGAAACUAGUCCCUAUUCUCACUUAUGUUACAGCAGCUAUAAAGUCAUUCCCUCACCAGCCUUGCUCUUUAUUCUCUCUCUUUAUUAUCUCUCUCUUUUCCCUCUCUUAAUUCUCUCUCUCUUUAUUCCAUCUCUUUAUUCACUCUCUUUAUUCUCUCUCAAUUCUUGCUCUUUAUUCUCUCUCUCUUUAUUCUCUCUCUUGAAGUUAAUAAGACAAAAAAAAAUCACAGUUUGUGGUGUUAGUGAAAAACAGUAAAGAAGUGUAAGCUCCUCUGUCCUGAAGAUGUCGAUAAACUUAAAAUUACAGCUUCACCUCUGAGUGUUACACAGCACUGACACUGGAGACUCCUUCCGUACAAGUUAAACAAACGUCUCCUUACAGAUAAACUUCACCGUGUCAACAAUAACACACAUAUUUUAAUAGAGAAUUUGCCCUGUGAAUUAAAUCACAUUAAUGUGUGAUUUAAUGUGAUUUUGGAUCAGUUAGGGCUGUUGUUUUUAUUUGUAUGUAUGUGUCCUAAUAAUACUAAUCUAAAAAUGGGGAUAGUAUUACAUCAGGACUUUCAGCAUAACCAUGACAAUAAGUACAGGCAUGUGGAAUUAAUAUCCAGCUUAAUCAACUCCAACCUCAUAAACCUCACAUGUGGAUCUGCCACAGAGGCGUGAUAACAGCCUGUGAUAAGGAAAUCGCAUAUAGUUAUUCUGUUAACAUUGUACACACACACACACACACACACACACACACACACACACACACAUCCCAUCCACUGCCAGUCUUGUUGCUUUCAGAAAUUUUUAUUAUAAACCUUUUUUUCUUUUUCGAUUAUAAUAUUUAACAACAUACACAAGCACAAACAAACAAACAAACAAAAAAACCCCAAAACAUUAAAAUGCAAAGUGUUUUAGCACCAAUUUGCAGUCAAGAUAUUUAUUUAAAAUAUUUAAGCAGCUUAUUUUAUUCUAGAACCUGGAACAAAACCUGCAGUGUUGCACAAAAAGAAAUAAUGAUGUUGUAACAGUUUUAUGAUGAAACACCAGAACCAGAGAGCGCAAGACCAGAGUCCAGAGUCUUAAAACUAAUUCAAAUUUAAUUAGAAUUAAAUCAAAAUAUAAAGUAUAAAGUUUGUUAUUGUUCAA